UUCCUUUAUUUUGGCAAAAAUCAUAUGGAUAUUAAGUAAAGAUCAUGUUUCAUGAAGAUAAUUUGUAAAUUUUAAAUAUUACAAUGAUUAGUGUUUUGGACAACUUUAAAGGCGAUUUUUUUUCAACAUUUUUGCACCCUCAGAUUCCAGAUUUUCAAAUAGUUGUAUCUCAGCCAAAAUGUUGUCCUAUUAAUACCAUACACGAAUGGAAAAAUUAUUUAUUAAGCAUAAAUCACAAUACAAAAAAUGCCGUUAUGACUGACGGUAAUGAAAUACACUUAAAAGUGGGUUUUUCGACUAAUCAGAAUGAAAUUCAUCUUAUCAAUGAUAUAUUAUAUGCGUUAAUAUUUUUAAUAGCGGCAUGCACUUGCUUAGAAUAAUGGACUAAUAUUUUAAACGCUUGCGUUCGUUCGAGCGAUCGGUCGUACGGCGAGAACACGAUUAUAGACGGUUUCAACAACGACGUUAUACCGCGCAUGCGUGCUUUUGUGGCCAUAAAAUAACUUCCGGUAGACGUCCCAAUAGAAUCAAUAACAACAGUUAAGCCUUUCUAAGCAGUUUUUCUUAAUAACAAGCAAACACCGCGAAAACCGCCUCGGUCAUGAAAGAAGAUAAAUAAAGCAGUUCUGUGUAAUUUAAAUUUUGAACUUCAUACAUCCCAGUAUCCCCAGCAUUGCGUUGCCGACAUGACGUUCACGUUCUGACGACCCGACCUCUUGACGUGAUGACGUAGGCACAAAGUAAUCGGUUUAACGCGUUUACGUGCAGCAUUUUACUUUCGUUGGGUUUAUAGAAAGGUUUAUCCCACCCCUGUUAAACCGAUUACAAUUUCAGUCAUUUUGAGCAGUUUUCUUGAGAUUGAGGCGUUUAUAUGGAACGUUUUCAUACGGUUGGGACUUUUAAACCGAUUGCAGUGCUCCACGUGGACGUGAUACGAUAUAAUGUGAUGGUCCUCAGUGCAAAUGGACUUGAAGUUUUUAAUGUAAUCGCAUCUGUCAAAUAAAGAAAGGCAAAAACACCUUUGUUUUUUGGUUCUGUUAAAACACUUUGUCAGCAGUGUGUGUAUCAGGAUGAACUACGCAGCAGCGUUUCACGGAUGACGAAGUAUUACAAAAACCACUAAAGCACAUCAUCAGUUAAUCAUCAUCAGUCAGAGUAAUAAUGAACCAGAUUAUAACUUUACCACUUCUUUAGACCAUUAUAUCCCUUAUAUCCAAUAUAAUCUAAUUUAAUUAGUGCCGUCGAACGAUUCAUCACGAUUAAUUGUAUCCAAAAUACGUUUUUGUUGCCAUAAUAUAUUUGUGCGUAUUUAUUAUGAGUACAUUAAUACACAUGCAGUACAUAUAUUUAGAAAACAUUCACUUGUACUCAUUUACAUAUUCAUAUUGUAAUAAUGGAUGGAUGAUAGACACGUGAUAUAAUAACUAAUAUAACCCCUCGUCCCAUGUCCUGACUCAUAAGCAUUUUUAACCUGUUAAAACCUCAAUGAUUAACACGAUUAACAUGUGAGGUCCCUGAACUGGAGAUCCUGGAGACACACGACCGGCGGCGAACGGAUUCUGCAUCAAGCAUGGAGGACCAAAGUCACACCGUGGGGACCUUCCAAGUCGGGGACUAUUUGGUGUUCGCUUUGCUGUUCGUGGUCUCGUCUGGGAUCGGGGUCUUCUUCGCCAUCAAAGAGAGGAAGAAGACCUCGUCUAAAGAGUUUCUGGUCGGGGGCCGUCAGAUGUCCUGCGGGCCGGUGGCCCUUUCUCUCACCGCCAGCUUCAUGUCCGCGAUCACGGUGAUCGGGGCCCCGUCAGAUGUGUACAGAUACGGGGCCUUGUAUAUAAUCUUUGGGGUCGCCUACACGUUCGUGGUGUUUUUAACGGCUGAGCUCUUCCUGCCUGUCUUCUACAGAUCAGGGAUCACCAGCACAUACGAGUAUUUGGAGUUGCGCUUUUGCAGGCUUGUUCGAGUUGCAGCCACACUCAUGUAUAUCGUUCAGACGAUUCUGUACACUGGUGUGGUAGUUUAUGCUCCUGCUUUAGCUCUCAAUCAAGUGACUGGAUUUGAUCUUUGGGGAUCCAUUUUUGCCACUGGCAUUGUCUGCACUUUUUACUGUACAUUGGGUGGGCUGAAGGCUGUGGUCUGGACAGAUGCUUUCCAGAUGGUGGUGAUGGUGGUGGGGUUUCUCACGGUGCUGAUCCAGGGUGCGAGCCGAGCGGGAGGGAUCGAGUCUGUCUGGAGCACAGCUCGCUCUGGAGGCAGAAUCGACUUCGUUGACUUUGACAUUAAUCCACUGAGACGACACACGUUCUGGACGCUCUCUGUAGGAGGGACUUUCACCUGGUUGGGCAUCUACGGAGUAAACCAGUCAACCAUCCAGAGAUGCAUCUCUUGCAAAACCGAAGGUCAUGCACGCUGGGCUCUGUAUCUGAAUCUGCUGGGCCUGUGGAUCAUUCUGUUCUGUGCUGUGGUAUCUGGUCUGAUCAUGUACAGUUUCUAUUCUCUCUGUGACCCCUGGUCGGCUGGACUGGUCUCUGCUCCAGACCAGCUCAUGCCAUAUUUUGUGAUGGAAAUCCUCAGUGAGUAUCCAGGACUGCCAGGCUUGUUUGUCGCGUGCGCUUUCAGUGGAACGCUGAGCACAGUAGCUGCCAGCAUCAACGCUUUGGCCACGGUGACGUAUGAGGACUUUGUGAGCCAGCGUUUCAGAGAUCUGUCCAACCGAUCGGCCAACUGGAUCAGCAAAGCCCUGUGUGUGGUGUUUGGUUUGGCCUGCACUACCAUGGCCGUGGCUGCAUCAUAUAUGGGAGGAAUCGUGCAGGUAUGUGAUUCUCAUGCGGGCAGAGACGAUCCGUUCCUGCUUAAUUUCCUGUCACUGAGAGUUUUUCCUCCUCUUGUGCCUCAGGCAGCCCUUAGUAUCCACGGCAUGUGCGGAGGCCCAAUGCUGGGCCUGUUUUCUUUGGGAAUCCUGUUUCCUGUCACUAAUCUGAAGGGGGCAGUCGGGGGCCUGAUGGUGGGCAUCGCUCUCUCGUUCUGGGCUGGUGUGGGGGCUUUCUUUUAUCCAGCGCACAGCAAUAACACACGUCCGCUUGAACUCAACACUUCAGGCUGUAACUUCACCCUCGCAGCUAACGGAUCCAACCAGACAUCAGUCACCUCCGACAGGUAUUGGCUGGCUGAUUCAUGGUACUCCAUGUCCUAUCUGUACUAUAGCGCAGUGGGCUUUAUUGGCACUGUAGCAGCAGGUCUCCUCAUCACACUGCUGACGGGGCCGAUGGAUCCCAAAAAUGUAAAGCCAGGACUGACUCGAUCGGUGAAGGACGUCAUCUGUUUCUGCUCUGAGAAAUUCAGGGAAACAGACUUGAGCGAUGGCAAUGAGGAUAUGGGAGACUUUGGCAUGGCGUGGGAGAAACAUACAGAUGUGGAAGGUGUUAUAAAAAUGGAGGAGAAGGUCAAGAAUGAUAGUGAUAACCUGCGGGAAAGUGGUUACUCUAAUGCUGCUUUUGACCAUAAUGAAACCAAUCGAGUUCAAGCAAAGCUUUAACUUUGUGACGUUAGUCACAUAAACAUAUAGAAAAUGUACAGUGAAGUCAAAUAAUAAGAAAAUUGAGAUCCAAAUUCACAGAUGUUUUUGUACAAUUCUUUUAUGCAUACUGUUCUUUACAUGUAAACGAGGAUGAAGAAGGAGUCGCUUAAAUGGCCUUUAUAUCUAUAUAUGAAGAAUCACUGCGAUUUCUGAUUCCGAUUGCAAUUGUCUAUCUGGAAUAACCAGAAAUCGUGCAGUGUGUUCAGGGCUUUAGACUUUGCUCCUGCUUUAACAUCUUUGGUUAGUUCUGAAGCCUAGUCCUAGUACAGGGGUUCAAUUCUGUUCCCAGAGGACCACUCUACUGCAGAGUUAAGUCUGGAACAUUGCCGACAAUCUUAAAGACCUUGAUUAGUUGGGUCAUGUGUGUUUAAUUAGGACUGGAGCUAAGUUCUGCUGAAUAAUGUCCUUGUAGGAACAGGAUUGGACACCCCUCUCUUCAGUAAACCCAAUUCGCAAACUGGUGGUACUCAUUCCAGUUCCUGGAUUUAUCCUCUAGCAAAGUUUUUCUCAGAUCCUAAUCAACUGCACCUGAAACAACUACUUAGGGUAUUCAGGAACACUCGAUAAUUGCAAACAGGUUUACUGGGGCAGAUUUGCUGUACUCAGAAGGAACAUACAUCUUCAGGAACAAGAAUAAAACGAUUUGAAUUUCUCCCUUCUGACCCAAUGAUCUCCAACACAGCUCCCGAAGAGCUACUGUCCUGCAGAUUUCAGCUCCAGCCUCAAUUAAACACACCUGAACCAGAUAAUCGAGGUGUUCUGGGUCACUUGAUAAUUACAGGCAGUUGGGUUGGAUCUGUGUUGUACAUUUCUCAGAACAAUUUGUACAUAUGGCACCACAAAACGAAUUUCCAGCAAAAGCCUAUAACUUACUCAAAAUCUUUAGUUCAAGAGUAAUUAUUUAUGUGAAUGAACAUAUCAAUCAAUCAAUCAAUCAAUCAUUUUUAUUUAUACAGCGCUUUUAACAACACAGGUUGUAUCAAAGGACCGAAACAGUAUGAAGUAGAAGAAUAUAAUGAUAGAGAUGUAUAAUGACGAGAUUGAGCAAUUUGUUAUUAAAUGCAGAGACGGUCUCUGUAAUCAAUUCGACGAUAAUUGCUAGAAGUAAAGUGUUCCCAACAAAGCAAGCCAGAGGCGACAGCGGCA